AUGGCGUUUGGGGGGGCCGUAUUGGUGGUACGGCGUGAGGUGUUGGCCGUGUCGGGCACAGGGUUUCUUUUCAACCCUGAAGCUAUCAUAUAUUCGUUUCCGAGUGAGAGAUAUCCCGAUGCUAGCCCUGCAGAUGCCUGGCUUGGCGCUCCCCGCUGGCCGAGCAACACUAUCACUAUUGCCCGUGCCAACGCGAACCAAAGCGAUGUUUCCAGGGAGGGAUCAGAUUUCUCGGAUCAGUUCCUGUUGCAGCCAAGUAUAUUGAGUGACUAUCUGAGAAUUCGGAGAAAACUGGAGUAUAAUAUGUGA